CCUCUCCCCUUCUCUCUCCUCUCCUCUCCCCUCCUCUCCUCUCCUCCCCUUUCCUCUCCUCUUCUCUCCUCUCCUCGUCGUAAAUACACCUGUUUCACACCAGAAUCUGUUUGGUCAAUAGCCUGAUCCGGACUACUGUGCGUGUGUGUGUGUGUGCGAGUGUGAGUGUGUGUUUGCGCGUAUGUCUGGCGAGCUGUCAAAAGCUGUCAGCCGCCCCGAUUCAGACACAGACACAGACGCAAACAGCCCGUGGGGAUCCCCCGCUCCUGCGGGAUCCCGCACGCCGAGCUCGGCCGCCAAUCUGGCAACCCUGCCGGCGCUCCACCCGACCCUGUCCACGGUCUGCAAGUUCUGCCGCCGCGGCGCCUGGACGAUGAACGAUGGCCCCGCCCCGGACUACGAGCCCCUCCCGCCGGGGCCCUUCUCCGUGGCCGGGGCCCCCACCGCGCCCCCCCUCCCCCUGGACGGGUACACGGAGCAGGGGGCCAGCCUGGUCUUUGUGGGACUGCUGCUCCUCCUGCUGGCCGUGCUGCUGGUGCGCUGUUUCCGCGUGCUCCUGGACCCCUUCAGCCGCAUGCCCUCCUCCUCCUGGACCGACCACAAGGAGGGGCUAGAGAGGGGCCAGUUUGAGUAUGCGCUGGUUUAGCUCCUCCUCCUCCUCCUCCUCCUCCUCCUGGACCGACCACAAGGAGGGGCUAGAGAGGGGGCAGUUUGAGUACGCGCUGGUGUAGCUCCUCCUCCUCCUCCUCCUCCUCCUCCUGGACCGACCACAAGGAGGGGCUAGAGAGGGGGCAGUUUGAGUACGCGCUGGUGUAGCCCCCAGACCCCCCCAAACACCCCCCACCCCCCCAGGACGGCAUCUGCCCACCUGGCAAAUACGGUCGCCGACCACUUAAUCUGCAAAUGUGCUGUUUUACAGUGACGUGUGAUAAUGGGAGGGGGCAGGGUUUGGACCCCCCCCCCAGCCAGUGAAGGGGGGGGGGGGUGGAGAACUUUUAAAGAACCAUUAAAGAACCAUUAAAGAACCCCUAACGAACCCCUAAAGAACCUUUUGUUCCAGGCCUUUCAUACAAGGAGACGCUCAACCUUUUGAAGUUUGAUUAACAAUCAGUCACUUUCUUACACACUGCCCCCUUGUGGUUGAUCUGUGACUCUGUCCCUUCUUGUCAUUUCUGACCUGUCUGGAUUGCUUUAGAUUUUUUACCUCAUGGAUGAUGGACAUGCAGCCCAGUACCACCCUCAGGCCCCAUGAGCCCUGUGAUUUGGGUAUGGACCAGAUGACAGGACCAGUCUUGGCGUGUGAAUUAAUCUUGAGCUGUCUGGCGUUCAGCUGUGCCAGACCAGGUUUUUUUUUUUUUUUUUUUUUCACACACAAGACCAGAUUGGUGGUAUAAAUAAAUAUUACUUCUUGCACUUAAAUUGGACUGUGUGUUUGGACUGAGGCGGAUCAAACCGGGUUUUUUUUGCUCGACCGUGAAGGGCACUGAAGAUGAAGAGGGUGGGGGGUUUGGGGGGGUUGGGUGGGGGGGAGGUCUGGGCAGCUGCUAGUUCCUUAACCCAUGCUGAAAUGCAGCCCUGAGAACCUUGACUGGGCCAAUAAAUCCAUAAUGAACACAUUCACAAGAGGGAAAAAAAGCCUUCAUUUUAAGGUGUGAGAUCACAAAUAUAUGAUUAGGAUGUUCUUGACUGAACAUUCUAAUGAAAAGCAAUGGAGUUCUGGAAUUUUGAAGAAGAAAAAAACAUUCCAAAAAACUUGCAUUUCGAAGGGUUAGAUUGUACAAAGUUGACGUGUUUGUAAGUCAUACAGUGUCAGGGUGUUAGUGCAGAAUUUAUAAAGCCAGCUAAUGAAUAAAUGUACCUGUUUCCUGAGUAUUGGUGCUCAAUUUCAUGAGUUUUGAUCGUAUAUAUACCUACAUUUACAGUUACCUUUGACACCACAAAGUACCAUUGGUUCUCUGUAGUGUUAAAAAAAAAGAAAGAAAGAAAGAGAAAACCUUGCUGUGUUUGCAUGAAGAUAUUUUUUGCUGUAUUCAAGAUGGAUGGCUAUGUUCAACCGUUGGAUCUUUGGAUUCAUCAGCAAUGGAAAUAGCUGGAAAUGGAAGGAGUUGCAGAGUGUGCUGUGCCAUCUCGCUCAGGAUAAACUAUCUCUGUGUUAUAGAUAUGAACCUUGGUCCAAUCAUCUAUGGCAGGGAGUGUUGUUCCUGAAUCAUAAAAUGCCUCUGAAAUUGUUACACCAAAGAAGAUUACCCUCUACGGUACUCUGCCCUAAAGUGGAGGUAUGUCAUAUUUGAGAACAGCAUGCUGGUUUCAAAUCAGCCUCUUUUAUAUGAAGCUGAUGAUCUAUAACUUCAAGCCAACAUUCCUUCCCAGCUAAUGUGUCAUGGACCUAAUUGCUCCAGGCAGUGUUUUUUUCCCCUUUGUAUAAAUACCAAUUCUGUGUGUGUGUUUGUGUGUGCGUGUGUGCAUGCAUGGGUGGGGCGUGCGUGCGUGUGUGUGUGUGUGUGUGCAUGGGUGUGUGUGUGUGUGUGCGCGUAUGUGAGUGCACGGGUGUGUGUGUGUGUGUGUGCAUGUACUGUACAUAAACACUUAUUGUAUUGGUGGUUACUAACUACUUACUACAUUGCCCUGUGAACCUGGCAAGUUUGGUGAAAAACUGUUUACUCUAAACUGUAAUGUUAUUUGAUUUUUUUUCUUCUUCCUAGAACAUGAGAUUGAUAAUCUUUAUUUUUGUAUUUUGGCUCGAGUUCGGAGUCCCUUUUGCUAUCAGCCGUGGGUAUUACUCUGCUUUUUACUUGAAUGUUAACAAGCUUUUAUUCUGUCUGGGGCCAGGCGAGGAGCGGACGUGGGUGUUUUGUGCUUUUACCUGUUUGUGUUUGUACAAUUUGUAAGUGCACUGCCACUGGAUACUGCCCUGUUUUCUUUGUAAAAACAGGGUUUUUUUUGUGUGUUGAAAUAAAGUGGGGUUUUUUAAAUCAAUAUUUGCCACAGAUCUACUGUGCAAACAGUGUGUUUUUCUAUUGUUAAGCGUGUAUAUGUAUUUUUUAAAAUGAUAACCAGAUCAAACCUUCACAGUCCUGGAACCUGUUAGAUGCAGUUAAACGAUAUCCUACAAUGUUAGUGUCUACUCUGAACAGCCAGAUCUACAUGGCUUACCGUCUUGGAAAAUAGGCACAAAUUGUAAAACACUGAUACCAUUAAAAAAAAAUUCAAAAACAAA